AUGGGAGCUUCUUCUUCCAAAUGUCCACCGAAUGGAGGCCUUCGAGUCCAUAGAGUCUAUCCCAACGGUCCUGGAGAUGUUGCCGGUAUUGAACCUUUCUUCGACUACAUAUUGGAUGUCGACGGGUACACUUACACAGACGACUCGGAUGAGACUUUGAACCUAUUCACCAAAUACGUUAACGACCACGAGAACCAGCAAAUAUCCCUAACAGUGUAUAACGCCCGUAAGAAGAAUAUUCGGGACGUAUACAUAGUUCCACAGAAGUGGGAUGGAAUAGGAUUACUUGGACUAACACUGAAGUUUGGUUUGUUUAGCUGCCUGGAUGAGGGGGCACAUAUUGUUCACGUGUAUGAUAAGUCACCAGCACAAAAAGCUGGACUCAUGCCAAUAACGGAUUAUCUGUUGGGUACAAAUUUACAGUUGUUCUACGACCUCGACUGCGUUCGGAUCCAUGUGGCUAACAAGGUGGACAAGGAGGUUGUUCUGAUAGUUUAUAACAGUGUUACUGAGACGGUUCGGAGGGCCUUAAUUGUGCCCAGGGAAAAUUGGGGUGGAAGGGGCACACUAGGAUGUGACCUUGCAAAGGGUUAUAUACACCGUAUACCCUACGUCAAGUCGCUCUUCACUUAUCCUACCAUUGAAACCUUCCCUUCAAUCAACUCUCAGUCUUCCAGCACCUCCAAGGACGUCGUGGAUACCAUUGACCUCUCACUUGGAAACGUCAACAACUACUACGCAAAUACCGAUAACAGCACUAUUCGGGAGGAUAUGUCUCCUUCUGAAAGAUUUAACCUGUCAGUCAGUUUAGAAUCUGGUGGACUGGAUGAAAAAAACUUCGAGGCUGAGGCUGAGGCUGAAAAUUUCGUUGAACAGAAAGACGAUAAUUCUCUUGAUAAUGCCGCUCCAAACAAACAAGCCGUUGAAAUUAACCUUAGCCCAAAUGACUCUUCUACUAACUUGGUCGAUGAGAACUCAAGUCAUGACUCCAACGAUACAGUCUAUGAUAACUUGGGACCCGCCGCUGAACCCGUUGAUAAGAGUGAAGAGGAUUAG